AGCGUAGGGCGGUCGGGCGGCGGCGACCCUGGAGAGCCGUCUGCACCCAAGCUCGUAGGUUCCCCUGGGCCGCGCCCCUGCCCGACCGUCUUCUGUUCCCAGCCGGGCGGAUGUGUGUUGUCGGGGUGAGGGGAACUACGUAGUUGCCGCCCGCGCUACAGCCGCUCUGCCGGACCCUGCCUGGGGCCAACCCGCCUGACCAUGGCUGACCGAGGGUGCCCGCUGGAGGCGGUGCCGCUGCCCGCUGAGGUGCGGGAGAGCCUGGCGGAGCUGGAGUUGGAGCUGUCUGAAGGUGACAUCACUCAAAAAGGGUAUGAAAAGAAAAGGGCAAAGCUGCUUGCACGUUACAUACCAGUUAUUCAAGGGAGAGACUCAUCUCUGCAAGCGGAGAAUGGAACCCCUGUGCCUUCACAGACCACGGCUACUGCCCCCAAACAGCAGAAGUCUCGACUCACCAACUCUCGUGAUGAGCGCUUCCGGUCAGAUAUCCACACUGAAGCAGUGCAAGCAGCUCUGGCCAAGUAUAAAGAGAGGAGGAUGCCGAUGCCUUCAAAGAGACGCUCUGUUCUUGCACAUUCGUCUGUGGAUGCCUACACCCCUCCAGACACGUCAUCUGCCUCAGAAGAUGAGGGCUCUUUACGGCGACCCGGGCGACUCACCUCCACUCCGUUCCAGAGCCAUUCCAGCGUCGAGCCCUGGCUCGACCGGGUCAUUCAGGGCUCGUCCACCUCAUCCUCUGCAUCCUCCACCUCAUCUCACCUGGGAGGGAGACCCACCGCUGCUCCCAGUGCUGCCGCCACACUGGGGGCCACCGUUGCCACUGCUGUCACAGGCCUCCCGGCUCACACCCACAUAGAUCUGCACUCUGCCCCUCCUGACGUCACCACAGGCCUGGUGGAGCAUUCGUACCGUGAACGUCCACAGGUGGCUGCUAUGAGAGGUGUUCCUCAGGGGUGUGAUGGGAGCAUCCUACAGACCGCAGAUGGUGUCCCUGUGAACAGCAGAGUGUCCUCCAAGAUCCAGCAGCUUCUGAACACCCUGAAGAGGCCAAAGCGCCCCCCACUGAAGGAGUUCUUUGUGGAUGAUUUUGAGGAGCUGCUGGAAGUUCAGCAGCCAGAUCCAAAUCAGCCAAAGCCUGAAGGAAAUCAGAUGGUUAUGCUGAAAGGGGAACCUCUGGCUGUGGGAACUCCCUGGCCUCCGUCACUGCUGGCUGCCCUGCAGCGGUGGGGCACAACACAACCAAAAGCCCCUUGUCUGACUGCCUUGGAUACAACUGGAAAGGCCACCUGCACUCUCACCUAUGGCAAACUUUGGAGUCGGAGUUUAAAGCUAGCUUAUACUCUACUUAAUAAACUGACUAGUAAGAAUGAACCACUACUUAAACCUGGAGACAGAGUGGCGCUCGUGUUCCCAAAUAGCGACCCUGUGAUGUUCAUGGUUGCGUUUUAUGGGUGUCUCCUGGCAGAGCUGGUUCCUGUCCCUAUAGAAGUGCCAUUAACAAGAAAGGAUGCAGGCAGCCAGCAGGUGGGGUUUCUACUGGGCAGCUGUGGAGUCACCCUGGCCCUGACCACAGAUGCUUGUCAGAAAGGCCUGCCCAAGGCACAGACAGGAGACGUGGCAACUUUCAAAGGUUGGCCACCCCUGUCCUGGCUGGUGAUUGAUGGGAAGCAUCUGGCCAAACCCCCCAAGGACUGGUACCCUCUGGCCCAAGACACAGGGGCUAGAACCGCCUACAUUGAGUAUAAAACCAGCAAAGAAGGCAGCACAGUGGGGGUCACCGUGUCCCACGCAUCCCUGCUGGCACAGUGCCGGGCUCUGACCCAGGCGUGCGGGUACUCAGAAGCUGAAACAUUAACAAAUGUGCUGGAUUUCAAAAGAGAUGCUGGUCUCUGGCAUGGAGUGUUAACAAGUGUCCUGAACAGGAUGCAUGUGGUCAGCAUCCCCUAUGCACUGAUGAAGGUCAACCCACUCUCCUGGAUUCAGAAAGUGUGUUCCUAUAAAGCCCGGGCUGCGCUGGUGAAGUCCCGAGACAUGCACUGGUCUCUCCUGGCGCAGAGGGGUCAGAGGGAUGUCAGCCUCAGCUCACUGCGAAUGCUAAUUGUGGCCGAUGGCGCUAACCCCUGGUCGAUAUCUUCCUGUGAUGCUUUCCUCAACGUCUUCCAGUCCAGAGGUCUGAGGCCAGAGGUCAUCUGUCCUUGUGCCAGCUCUCCUGAGGCACUGACAGUUGCCAUCCGCAGGCCACCUGAUCUGGGAGGACCCCCUCCAAGGAAAGCUGUCCUGUCAAUGAAUGGUCUAAGCUACGGUGUGAUCAGAGUUGAUACCGAGGAGAAGUUGUCAGUCCUCACUGUUCAGGACGUCGGUCAAGUGAUGCCUGGAGCUAAUGUAUGUGUUGUGAAGGUGGAAGGUACCCCUUAUCUUUGUAAAACUGAUGAAGUUGGAGAAAUAUGUGUCAAUUCCAGUACUACUGGCACAGCGUACUAUGGACUGCUUGGAAUCACAAAGAACGUAUUUGAGACUGUCCCGGUCACUGCAGGAGGAGUGCCCGUCUCUGACAGGCCUUUCACCAGGACGGGGCUGCUGGGCUUCAUUGGGCCUGAUAAUCUGGUCUUCGUCGUGGGAAAGCUGGAUGGGCUGAUGGUUGUUGGAGUUCGCAGACAUAACGCAGAUGACGUCGUGGCCACUGCACUGGCCGUAGAGCCCAUGAAAUUUGUCUACAGAGGCAGGAUCGCUGUGUUCUCUGUGACUGUGCUACGUGAUGACCGUGUUGUCCUGGUAGCCGAGCAGCGGCCUGAUGCCUCUGAGGAGGACAGCUUCCAGUGGAUGAGCCGCGUGCUACAGGCCGUCGACAGCAUCCACCAGGUGGGCGUGUACUGUCUGGCCCUGGUUCCUGCCAACACCUUGCCCAAGGCUCCUCUCGGAGGGAUUCACAUUUCUGAAACCAAACAGCGCUUUUUGGAAGGGACGCUGCACCCAUGUAAUGUGCUGAUGUGCCCACACACUUGUGUUACCAACCUUCCCAAACCUCGUCAGAAACAACCAGAGGUGGGACCAGCCUCAAUGAUCGUUGGGAACCUGGUUGCUGGGAAGAGGAUUGCACAGGCCUCAGGGAGGGAGCUUGCCCACCUGGAGGACAGCGAGCAGGCUCGGAAGUCCCUGUUCCUGGCUGACGUGCUACAGUGGCGGGCACACACCACUCCUGACCACCCACUGUUUCUGCUGCUCAAUGCCAAGGGUACGGUCACCAGCACUGCGACCUGUGCCCAGCUGCACAAAAGAGCUGAAAGAGUGGCUGCAGCUCUGAUGGAGAAGGGAAGACUGAACGUUGGGGACCAUGUGGCUCUGGUCUAUCCCCCAGGCGUGGACCUCAUCGCUGCCUUCUAUGGCUGCCUGUACUGUGGCUGUGUGCCAGUCACAGUACGGCCCCCGCACCCGCAGAAUCUCAGCACAACUCUCCCCACCGUCAAGAUGAUCGUGGAGGUCAGCAAGUCCGCAUGUGUGCUCACCACUCAGGCCGUCACACGGCUGCUCCGGUCUAAGGAAGCUGCUGCUGCAGUAGACGUCAGAACAUGGCCAACCAUUCUGGACACAGAUGACAUACCGAAAAAGAAGGUAGCUAGCAUUUUCAGACCCCCCUCCCCAGACGUGCUGGCGUACUUGGACUUCAGUGUGUCGACCACAGGGAUCUUGGCAGGCGUGAAGAUGUCACACGCAGCCACCAGUGCCCUGUGCCGCUCCAUAAAACUACAGUGUGAGCUGUACCCCUCAAGGCAGAUCGCCAUCUGCCUGGACCCCUACUGCGGACUUGGCUUUGCUCUGUGGUGUCUGUGCAGCGUCUACUCGGGACACCAGUCGGUAUUGGUGCCUCCAUUGGAGCUUGAGAGCAACGUGUCUCUAUGGCUGUCGGCUGUCAGCCAAUACAGGGCCCGAGUCACCUUCUGUUCCUAUUCUGUAAUGGAGAUGUGCACCCGGGGGCUGGGCACACAGACAGGCGUCCUGAGGAUGAAGGGGGUGAACCUGUCGUGUGUGCGCACAUGCAUGGUGGUGGCCGAGGAACGGCCCAGGAUCGCGCUUACUCAGUCCUUCUCCAAGCUGUUCAAGGACCUGGGCCUGCCUGCACGCGCUGUGAGCACCACAUUCGGGUGCAGGGUCAACGUGGCCAUCUGCCUGCAGGGUACGGCAGGCCCAGACCCCACAACUGUCUACGUGGACAUGCGAGCACUGCGCCAUGACAGGGUACGUUUGGUGGAACGGGGCUCUCCGCACAGUCUGCCACUGAUGGAGUCUGGAAAGAUCCUCCCAGGAGUGAAGGUCAUCAUUGCACACACGGAGACCAAAGGGCCCCUGGGAGACUCACACUUGGGCGAGAUCUGGGUGAGCAGCCCCCACAAUGCCACGGGGUACUACACAGUCUACGGGGAAGAGGCCCUUCAUGCUGACCACUUCAGUGCCCGGCUGAGUUUUGGAGACACUCAAACCAUUUGGGCAAGGACUGGCUAUCUUGGCUUCCUCCGAAGAACAGAGCUCACUGAUGCCAGCGGAGGACGGCAUGAUGCUCUGUAUGUUGUCGGGUCUCUGGAUGAAACACUGGAGCUAAGAGGUCUGCGGUACCACCCUAUUGACAUCGAGACAUCGGUGAUCCGAGCUCACAGGAGCAUUGCUGAAUGUGCUGUAUUCACCUGGACCAACCUGCUUGUAGUGGUUGUGGAGCUGGACGGGCUGGAGCAGGACGCAUUGGACCUGGUGGCCCUGGUAACCAAUGUGGUGCUGGAGGAGCACUACCUGGUGGUGGGCGUAGUGGUCAUUGUGGACCCAGGCGUCAUCCCCAUCAACUCGCGAGGCGAGAAGCAGCGCAUGCACCUUCGGGACGGGUUUCUAGCUGAUCAGCUGGACCCAAUCUACGUGGCCUACAACAUGUGAGCGAGGCACACAGCCCAGGUUGGGAAAGGGUAUGACCCUGUAAGUCUCAGGUGUGAGCGUGCCGAUGCCACAGAGCCCCUACCAGGAGAAUAAAUCUGGUCUCCACAACGACUCACCUCUUCCUGUGCUUCACAGAUCCCCUCAACAGUUCCCCAAAUCUCAUUCCAGACAGCACUUCCUGAAUGAUUUAAAUAAAUAUUUUCCAUCUGUCAAGUGCUUUGACAAAAACAUGGAUGCCGGCACCUUAACAGAUGGAGUGACAGGGAAAGGAAAGGCAAGGUGUGUGCAUCUGGAGGCAGCUCAGACACCCUAACAGUUCUUGGCUGUACUACAAGUUUGCACUUCCCUUAAGCCAGUGGUUCUCAACCUUCCUAAUGCUGCGACCCUUUAAUACAGUUCCUCAUGUUGUGGUAACC